AAGCUAAAUCAUCUUUUGCAAAAGAAACAUUUUAAAUUGGGAUGCCGACAAAUUUCCCAGAGUUCCGUUCAAGUCGAAGAUGAUGUCAUCUCCGUCGAAGCUAUAGUGUUGCCGUCUCUUGUUUAGAGGCAAAUGCCACCACUUCAAGGUUUUAAGCAACCAAGUUACAUUUGUGUCCGGCAUAAUUGAGCAAUAAAAGAAACUUAUCUCGUAUAUUCCACAUAUUUAACUGUGAACCGGAAAAAGUUUUUCGGCUACCUGAGCUCGGGAUUUCCCGAAGAUGACGUCACUAACGUAAACCUUUGGUCGCGAUAUGCAAGUGUUGAUUUUUGUGAUGGACAGUAUCACAGCAGUAGCUGCACAAUAAAUCCUGAGUUGAAAUGAUAAAGCCAAAGGCCCAAAUGCAAGCUGCCUAGUUAUACUGCGCAUUUUCAGUGUUAACUGCUUUUUGUUUUACGAUUUUGAAGCAUGAUGGACAAUGACGAUGGGUUUAUGGAUGGGGCAGAGUCAGAUGGCUCGCAUGGCCCUACUGACAACGAUGACGAGGACGAACUGCCCAUGGAUAUGGAACCACCGGAAUCAUCUACAAAUGAGCGUCGGGAUGAUGAUGAUUUCUCGUAUGAAGUUUUAACGGCAGAUCAAAUUGUAGAGUUCAUGGUUGACUGUAUUAAAGAAGUUAAUGCAGUUGUCCAGGUAAGCAUUUUGGCAAUACAAAUACCCAAUAUCAUAUAUCUCAAACAAGCCUCCAAGUUUCAAUUCUAACUAAUUAGAAAUUACACCCUCCCCGCCCCGAAAAAAGAAUAAGGUGCAUUGAUUAAUUAUCCACUACCUUCAGGUUCAUAAUCAUAGUAAUGAUAGUGCCCAUGUCCAUAGCUGCCAUAUCAUAGACCAAAGUAUAGACACUGAUUAGGUUAGCAGGUUAGCUGAGCAAAACAUGUCAUUUGUUAUUAUUUAUUAAUUUAUGUUUCUCUUAUUUGUUAUGGUUUAAGAUAAUAAGGUAUCAUUAUGAUUUUUAGAUAUUCAAAAAUGUUAUUUUUUAAUUAAAGUAAACAUAAAAAUUUAGAGAUUGGGUCAGACUUUUCACACCAUUUUCGUUCACAGUUUUAUUGAGAUUUAGGUGUCAGACAUUUUUGUUUCUGAGGUUAGUGACACCAGCAAAAAAAUUGUUGAUGACAUGGAAAUAAAACUAUUCCCUAAAUGGCAAGUGUUUUGGACUGGAAAGAUUUAAUUUAAAAAAAAAUAGAGUGAGAACAAAAAAUAAAUACAAAUAUGGAAAACAGGUAAUUUGUAAUAGAAAAAAAUGAUAGAAAAUACAGUGUAUGAAACAAAAAGUUUUAAAGAAAAAACAAAGUAAUUAAUUUAAUUUUUCUAUAUAUAUUUUAAAAAAUGUUUUUUUUAUAAAUUUGAAUAAAAUACCCCUAAUCUUAAACUAUACCUAGCAUAAUUUAUCUCAAACCUUAGUUAUCCCUAACAUAAGUUAUCCCUUACCCUAUCUCACCCUAAAUUAUCCCUAAAAAUUUAUCCCUAACUAAUGUAACAUAAGUUAUCACUUACUCUAUCUCUAACCCUAAAUUAUCCCUAAGUUAUCACUCACCCUAAAUUAUCCCUGACAUAAGUAAUCCUUAACCCUAGCCCUAACUUAAGUUUUCCCUAACACAAGUUUAAAGUUAUCUCUAACCGGAACCCUAACAUAAGUUAUCCUAAUAUAAUUUAUCCCUAACACUAAAAUAAUCUAUAAAUAUCCUAAAUCUAACCCCUAUUCCUAAAAUUAUCCCUAAUUGCACCAACUUUUAACUACAACCUUGAUGUCAUUCUAAAAGUUAAGCAAGGCAGUAAGGCUAACAGAACACCAAAUUCAAGGACAAAAUAGAUUCAAGAAAACAUGCAAUAUACACUACAAAAUAUGAAAAUUCAACUUGCAGAUUAUCGUUCCCAGAAAGGCACUUAAGAAAUAUACAAAAUAAUAUCCAAAAAUGACUUGUAGCAUCAUAAUCAUCAAAAUACGAUAAACAAAAAUUAACAGCGGUUAGGACAAAAGUUCAAACAUUAACAAAUGGAAGUUCUGCUGUGCUUAGUUACAGCUUCUUAAAUUAGUUCCUAAGUUGUCAACUAUUACCGGGUAUUUUACAUAAUUAUGAUUGAUUUUUCCAAAUAUUUCUUCCAUUUAAAAUGAUAUGAUUUAAAAUAAAAUAAGUUUCAAAAGUCUUGAUAGAUUAAACAGUUGAAUGUGUGAAAUUUGACUAAUAUCACUCUGCACCAUUUUUAGGCAAAAACAUCGCAUCAAAAAGCUGUCCAAAGCAAAUAAUUUCUUUGAAGUGAUUUCUGACCCAUCAAAUAGACAUCAAAUAGGUAUUAAUUCAACUAAAAAUACAGAAUCAAAAUAAUGUCAUGUUAUAUGUGACUAUAUCAAAUAUUCUUCUUACACUCACAGUAUGACCAUGGCCAUGGCAAUGACUAGAACCUCUACUUAUGUUUCAACUAGUUUUAAGCUGUUUGUAUGUUAUUUAAAUGUUAUGUCUAAUGUUUAGGCCAGACCUUUUUGCAUUUCAAAUAAAAGCUUUUUUAUCAAUAAUCAGUUUAGUCUGCAGAAAAUGGAGUUGGUAAUUUUUAUUUUCUCCGAUCUUUUUCAGAUUCCUGCCACAAUAACCCGCAUUCUUCUUAACCAUUUCAAAUGGGAUAAAGAAAAACUAAUGGAACGGUAAUAGAUAUGUAUAUGUUGUGAUAUAAAAAUUAAAGAAAAUGUUCAAAAUGCAACCUUUGGAUUAUUGAAAAAAUAUAUUAUUUAAAGCUUAUAUAUAGGCCACAAUAAUCAUGAUUUAAAGUUUAAGUAUUACAUAUUGUACAAAUAAUUUAUAUUUAACCAAGUUUAGCCUGUGGCUGUGUUUCAUUUACUCUUAGUUUUUGUUUUUAUUAAUUUGUAUGUCCUCGGAGGAUUAAACAAAUGUUUAUUUAGACAAAAAUAGUAAGAAACUUUAAAGACCAUUGAAAUACUAUAUUAGGCCCCAUUGGACCAUAGAUACUUGUUCUAGACUAAAGCCAAAGUGUAACAAAAAUAUAUCAGUGGAAUAUGACGGUGGUCGGAGAUGAGCAGAGAUAUUAUUAUAAUUUUCUCUAGGUACAUUCCAUUGAUUGAAUAAUGACAUUGUUAAUGUAGAUCACUGAGGUCCCAUUCUACCAUACGUUCUUCAACAGUGUUUCCAUAAUGCAAACUGACCACAAAAGAAAAGUUAUCAAAAACCUUGUGCUCUUGUUUUGUUUCUCUCCAAAAAACCUGAAAGAAGAGAAAAUAACAUAGAGUCAUUUUUACUGAGAUGAAUGUUUCUCUGUCUCAUUGUUUGCAUCUAAUUGGACCAAACAAUUGCAUGUCUGAGAGACGGGAGCAACAGAAUCAUCAGUCUCUGAGCACUGAGUAAACACUCCUCUCCGUCUGUUUUUGAGCAUUAUACACUCCUCUCCAUCUGACUCAGAGCAGUAUACAUUCCUCUCCGACUGAGCCUUAGUACAGUUAUCUUUGGUACCUGAAAGAUUUAUUUAAUGCCUUUAUGAGAUUUUCACAUCUUAACUUCUUAAAAAUUUUUUAAAUAACAUAUUUAAAAAAAAAUAUGUGAAUGUUAUCCCUAGAUAUUAUGAUGGUGAUCAAGAUAAAUUAUUCUCAGAAGCUCACGUUGUAAGCCCUCAUCGCCGUGAUUCUGGAAAAGUAACAAGAGUACGAAUUUGAUUUGCAUUAAAACUCUUUAAAAACUCAGUUUUUGCAUAUUUUUUAUUUUUAUAAUUUUUUUGGUAAAUGAUAAUACAAUCGUUGUAAUAUAUUGAUAUAAUAUCAAGUAUAUUUUCUUUUAAUGAAUAUUAGUCUUUAAAAUAAUAAAGUUAUAUAAAUUAUGUUACUUUAUGUUACAAAAAUAUUUUUCUAAUUUGAUUUUUAGCGUUCAGGUCGCAAUAGUGUUCAAGAAGAUAAUGUUCUGUGUGAAAUUUGCUUCCUUUCUAAGGCAGUAGAUGUAAGUAUAUAACAUAUCUAGGAGAGGCGCCGCCUUCGGCGGUAUUUAUUCUUAUUUGAUUUAAUAGUAUUGGUUUAUGAUAUAAGUACAGUGUAGCGAAUUUUACUUUUCAUUUGCCAUAAAGUGGCUAUUUUGUAAAAAAGUUGCCCACCUUGGUCUAGGCAUGAUAAUUCAAUAAUGAUGUGUUUCUCAACAUUCAGACGUCAAGUAAAUGAACACAAGAUGUGCUUGGAACACAUCUAUCAAAAACAUUUUGCAAAUCUUUCAUAUCUACCAACAUCUCACCACUUAUGACGGCGGUUACAUCCAAUUACUACAAUAAAGAUUUACACCUAGAUAUCUAUUACACAAUUUUGGUGCCAUCAACCAUUGUAAAAAUGUGUUGUUUUUUUCUCCAGAAAUGCUUGUGAAGUAAUUUAAGAGGAGAUUUCAAAACUUUAUUUUCAAUUCAUUACAAACAAACUUUUGUAUCAUCGCAUUUUACAUAAAAUAACAAAAUUUUUUAAAAUAAGGAAAUUGAAAUUAUGGGGAAUAUUAUCAUUUUUCUUCACCAAAUUUGUAAAGAAAAAGUUUAGUCACUCUCGCAUGCUUUAUACAAUUGCAUCCACCAAGGUGUUCAUUUCAACUACCUUGUGGAUUAGGUCGAGUAUGAGAAAGAUUAUUCAAAGGCGACUCGAGAUAUCAGCAAUCACAGUCUGUCUCCGGGUGUAUCACACCCAGUUGUGGCGGAAAGGGAUUACACCCUGGAGAGUAUAGUAUAUGCACUUCAGUUGCAUUCAAAUACUGAAAAUUUAAAUAUCAGCAAAAAAAAAGAAAAGUCACCUUUUCCUUGUCUAGACAUUGUUUAGAUUUUUUAUAUCAUGAAAAAUGAACAUUUAAACAUUCUUUUAUAAAAGAUAAUUGAAACACAAACAGUUUUUGUAUAUCAAACAGUAUCUGUAAGCUUUGUGUAUUUAGUCUUAAAAUUAGUUUAACUUUAAAAAAAGCUUUAUCGCAGUCCAACCCUCUUAUAAUUAGUUAAUUCAAGACACAUUUAUUUUCUUGUACUUUUUAUAUUACACAAAUUUAAUCCUUUUAGCUGUUUAGUAUUUCAAUUUAUUUCAAGUUACUGGAAAUUGGAUAGAAAGAAAUUUUGUCGAUGGUAAAUUGAUCGAACGGAAAUUUGGUCUAAUCUUUUUUUCAGUUUACACAUUAAAAUUUCCGUCAAAUUUCUUUUUGAACGCACUAUACUAUAUAGUAACACAAAAUAAUGUGUUAAAAAAUAAAUUUGAAGCAAAAUUUUAACAUAAAAACUGAAAAAAAAGAUUUGACCAUAUUUCCGUUCGAUCAAGUUACCGUCGAUCAAUUUACCAUUGACGAAAUUUCUUUCGAUCAAAUUUCCGGAUACGAAAAUUUUUGAGUAUUUUAAAGCAAUUAAAUGAUCUUUUGAAAAAUAUUUAAAUAAAAUAAAAUUAAAAUGAUUUUCGUAUUUUAUUAAUAUUUUGCUAUUUAAUCAGGUAAUUAAUACAAUGAGUUAGUUGCUGCGAUGUAAUAUUAGUCUUAUUAGAUUCUGAAUAUGAAAGGAACAAUGCAGUAAAGUUUUAUAAAUUGUUAUUCUUACUGUCCAGUGGUAGAAAUAAUCAUGGUUUUUCCAUGAUAAGGGAACCAUCAUUUUUAUUGAAACCUAAGUUUAAAGAAAAGGAAAGGAAGAAAUAAUUUUGGAAAAUGCAAGAAAUUAAUAUUUCACCAAAAAGGCUCACAAAAUCUUUCACUACAGAGAAUAACUAGAAAUUUGUUAUUUAGCAGUCUCAAAACAUGUUAAACAUUCUACCUUGCUUUAUUUAUUAUCAAUGCUUCAAAUUAGCACCUGCUGGGCUAGUUAUAUAAACAAAUGUAACUGAGUAAAAUGUCAACAAUAGAAAUAAUUUUGAGCUUUGACAUUACAUAACAAUCAAGAGUCAAUUGAGCCCAAGAUUUUUCAUGCAUGCUUGUAAUACAAUAUAAUACAUUGCCACAAUGCAAUUCAAUGGAACUGCCUUUUCGUUGAAUAUACUGAGCACAGUGUCUAUGAUACUAUUUCUGUUACUAUUUAUAUUUUCAUUUAUGUAUAAUUAUAAUAUUAUUUAGCAGUUAUGAAUAAACAAAUCAAUACAUUUUUCUAAAUAAUUGCAGGAUAUGAAGGGACUUGAAUGUGGCCAUCGCUUUUGUGCCCAUUGUUGGGCUGAGUACCUUACAUCAAAAAUAAUGGAUGAGGGUAUGGGACAAACUAUUUCAUGUGCUGCCUAUGGCUGUGAUAUUCUUGUAGAUGAUAAAAGUGUAAUGUAAGUAUAUAAUAGUUAAUUUAAAUGAAACAUUGUUUAAGAAGUGUUGUUUCUUAAAAUUUUGAUAUAAUCCAACAAAGCUUGCUUGGUUUUAAUGAACACACUUGACUUCAUUAUAGCUGCCUUUGUUAUAAUUUGCUGCCUAGCAAUUAUGAGCAUUAUUUACCAUGCUUUUGAAUCGGGCAUAUUUCAGGGUUAUUCACUUCAUUCAUCACAGCUUUAGGCUUUAGAGAUGUAGUACCAGUAUACAAACCAAUGUUUAUGCUUAUGUACAGGUUGUUUCUCUCAAUGUUGGCCCCCAAGUGUUCCAAUAUAACUUUUUAACUAAUUACUGUAAUAUGUUGUUGAACUUAGUUAGGUCAAGGAGAAGUACAGUUACACUCUUAAAAUUUAAUGGCUUCCUUUCUCUUGGACUCAAGUAUGUCCAUGUGUAAUACAUUAAUUAGUUCAAAAGUUAUAAGGGAAAACUUUGAGCCAACUGUGCAUGAGACACUCUGUAUAUAUAUUUAUCAGUUUCUAAAUUUUUUUUGUCCCAUCAUUGGAUCAGGGUACACUGCUCUUGUUUUUAGUAUCCCUGUGAAUGGAUUGCCCAAGAGACAGUUUUUGUUAACAUGAAUGAUUCAUCAUAAACCAUAAAAUUGCAGCAAGAAAAGUACUCAUUUUUUUGCUUCAGAAAUGGCAAGAAUGAGCCUUGGGAAUGCUAGAUGAAAAAAAAAAUUUGGGAGGGGCGGUUAGGGUGGGUAAUUAACGGACAACAUUUUAAAAAGUAUAUUCUAAGACGAAUGGAACAAAAUAAAAGCUUUGAACUAUACCACCCCCUUAAAAUGUUUUUUUAAAAAUUUGUUAGUUAAUUGUGUAUUUUAUGAUUUUGUUACCCAUCUCUUUAUCAGGUAAAGCCAUCCAUCACUUUUAACUUUUGUUACUAUUAGACUAUUGUUAUUCACAGGGAGUUGAUAAAAGACCAAAAAGUAAAAUUGAAAUACCAACAAAUAAUAACAAAUAGUUUUGUAGAGGUAAGUUGAUUUUUAAAUGAAUGCAAAAUGUAAUUAAAUAUUUAUCAUAUGACUGCCUUUAUUGAAAUUCUGAAUUAAUUUGCCCUGGAUUGUGAGGUUUUUAGCUAUUUUCAAUUUGUUUGACUAUUGCGCUUUUACCAACUCAGUUCUAGCUAUCUCUGUCAUUUAAUUGAUUUUUUAUUUGGGAAACUCUUCUUUUCCAAAUAAAGCUUUGGUUUUUACUAAAUGAUGUUUCAAUCUAUAUUUUAGAUGUGUAUUUUAAUAAUCAGAUGGCUAAUCUCUUUGAGCAACUUCUAACCACAAGAAAGAAGUCUGUAGAGUGUUGUCAUAAGGAAUCUAAUGACUAAUACAUCUCCCAUAAAAUAAAAAAACAAUUUUACUUUGAGAAAAAUAGUAAAUAUUGUUUAAACAUUUAAAAACUUAACAGGAUUGGUAAAGGUCAACAUCCCUUUCUUCUUCAGCCCUUUCCCAUUAAUUAAAUAUAAGAUAUGUUUGUAAAGAUGGAUAAGGGUGAGAGAAGACCCAUAAAAUCAGGUUUAUUUGCAUUUUUAUAAAAAAAAAUUUUAUUGUGGGGGUGCUGGAAAUAUAUUUUGAAAUCCGGGGUGCAGGAAAUGUUUUGAAAUCGCGAGGGAGCGGAGCACUGCAAAAAAGGUUAAGAACCCCUGAUUUACAACUGUUCAAUAAUAAACUUGACAGUUUUAUUAAAUCCUCAUAGUGUAACAGGUUAUUGAGAUGGUGUCCAGCCCCGGACUGCGGCCAUGCGGUUAAGGUGGCCCACCAUGAUGCAAAGCCGGUGACCUGUGUGUGUGGCCAUACCUUUUGGUAUGAUUUUUUUGUUUUGAUCAGGUUUUAUUGAAUUGACAAUGGGCAAUUACCAAUAAAUUAAUACGCUCAACAUCAAAAUAGCAGUGGUCUUUUAAAUUACACAUAAGAAAAGGAGAAAUAACUUUAAAAUUAAAAUAACAUGCAAACAUAAUAACAUUACUAUAAAAUCAAUUUCAGCUUAAAUUUGAUAUAUUUUAUACAUAUAACCAAAGGGGUCAGACUAACAAUAAACUUCCUCACUUUCUUAUGUUGACACCACAUGAACAGACGUGUUUACCCUCAAACUCUUAAAAUCGUACAAUAUCAUUCAAAACAUUAUCUUAGUAGUAAAAAAAUAAACAUACAUUAUUUAUAAUGUAUACACCUCAAAAUCGUACAUUGUACGCCAAAAUAGUAAGAGUAAACAGGUCUGUAUGAAUAAAAAAUAACAUGAUUAAUCAAUUUUUUGUUUAUUAGAACUGCUGUUAGUUAGUUAUCAAUUGUUUAACUUUUCAGUUUUUCGUGCGGUGAAAACUGGCAUGAUCCUGUGCGUUGCAAGUGGCUUAAGCAAUGGAUUAAGAAAUGUGAUGAUGAUAGUGAAACAUCCAAUUGGAUAGCGGCAAAUACAAAGGUGAAAGAAUAUUCUCUUGUAGAAAUAUACAAUCAAAUUUAAUGGCUAAAUUUCUGACUUAGAUAAUGAAAUAAAGGCAAGAGGAUAUUUGUUCUUUCUCAUACAAAAUCAUUUUCGUGACCAAGCGCAAGGUCUGGCCCAAUCCAAGCCAUACAUCAGCUGGUCAUCCUCUAGGGUGGAGUCUUAAAGAGGGUGGUAUUAAUAGCCAGAUGGGUUUUAUCCGAUAACCAUGCCAGACAACAUGAAGGUGAAGGCAGAUCAUUUUUAAAAGGUACCCUCAGCAAGUCUGCCAAUGACUCAUUUUUUUAAAAUACUGAUGUUUGACCCAGUUCUGAAUACAGUUUAUUGAACCCUUUACUUUCAAGUGCAUUUGAUCUGUAGCAUCAAACCAUUUUCAUUUUAAUAUGCUUGUCUAUAAUAAUGAAAUCCCAAACAAAUUGAAUUCAGAGACCCUUAAAUGUAUACAUUUUCAGAAAAUACUUUGGUUAAGGAAUCAAUCAAAUAGUAUGAAAAAUAAUUAAAUAUCCUAAAAGUAAUAUCCUUUCAGAAAAUGUUAAAUUAUAGGCACUUAUUUUGAAAAUGUAAUUUUGGUGAUAUUUUUUCAUUCAUUAUCUUCAAAUUUCUGUAAUACAAAAUACAAGAGAGAAAACAUAUCUUUUUAAUUGAAGUUAUUCAAUUUUUUAUUAAUUAAUACUCAGACCAUACUCAAACUCAAAUGUCUGUGAAUCUCUUUAGGGUUUUUCUGUGGGAUCAUAUCUUUGUCUUUUCUGUUCAAUCUCAACCAUUUUCCAUACGAAUUUGUUUGUGACAAUAUGAUUAAGUUUAGGGCUAAAAUUUCAAUAUCUGACUCGAGCUAAUACUGUGAUUAGUAUCACGUGGAACCUCUUAGAAAUCAUCGUUAUCAUUUUAAUGCUUUUGAAAUAAUUGCAAUUAGUGUUGAUUUUGAAAUCUAAAGAGGGACCCUCCCAGCAUCAGACAAAUAUAAUGGAAGCUAAUUUUACUCCUGAUUAAUCACAAAAGAAGCCUGAUAAAAGCAUGUAAAAACACAGAUAGAAAUGGAAAUUGGAAGCAAACUCAUUUCUAUAAGAUGAUUUCCCCUUAACCAACUUACAUUAAAUUUUUUGAAAUCUUUCGCAGUUUUAAUGAUGAUUUUGCUAACAGCCGAUUAUAUCAUCCGUUACACCACAGAAAGGGGAAUUAGGGUAGAUCAUUGGCCUUUAUGAUGUUUAUCGGGUUAUAUAUAUAAGAAGUCUUUGAUAUUUUUAAUUAUAUUAAAAUGAACAAGAUUGUUUUUGAUACAUAUAGCAUCAUACGUCCCUUUGACUUUUAUGGUAUAAAUAUUUUUCCAGGAGUGCCCAAAAUGUCACGUUACGAUAGAGAAAGAUGGCGGCUGCAACCAUAUGGUCUGUAAAAAUCAGAACUGUAAGGCAGACUUCUGCUGGGUUUGUCUUGGACCCUGGGAACCCCAUGGAUCCUCUUGGUAAGAAAUCAGACUAUUAUCUAUUUGCUAAUCAUUUCAAAACAAAAUUUAGUUAAUUUCUGGGCUAAAUAAGAAGAGAAAUGACUAUUCCAGACACUUUAUUAAUGCCCUUAUUGAUAAUUACACGCUCUCAUUGUUUUUAAAAAUAGAAAAAGAUCUUAAUAUAUGACCCUAAAAAUUAACAUACAAAUUUGACAUACAAAUGAAAGAUGCUUAAAAAGGUUGACAUUUAAAAUGAAAAACCUGCUGUUUGAAGGUGUUAAUCUGGUCUUGGUACUUUGAAGCCUAACCAUUAUUAAAUGUCUAGUUUAGUAAGGGUUAAGAUUUACUUUUCUUUAAAAGCAGUAUUCAAAUUUUCUUUGAAUUAUUGCUGCCUAAAAAGAAAUGUUCCAAUUUUAUUCUAAAACCAUUGAAUUUGUAUGUUAUUUUGUCAUCUUUGUAUUGUUUUUUAAAAAUAAACGAGUGUAUACUUAGUACGAAACCCAAAGUAACCAUGCCUUUAGAUGUAAGCCUAACAUCACAUAGAUGUAAGUCUGACAACACAUAGUUGUAAGCCUUACAACACAUAGAGGUUAGCACAGUGCUGUCCAACCUUUUUGACUUCAUAGUCCAAAAUAUUUUUGCUGCAAAGCUAAGGGCUGCACAUAACAUCUCAAAAGAACAAUUAAAAAAAAAUAGAAAUCAUUUCACGUUAUUAAUUAAUGCUUCUUACCUUUGGCAUAAAGUAACAUGUAUCCAAUAGCAUUAUUGGCUCAUCAAGAAUAUUAAUAAUCUAAUAAUAAAACAUUUCUAUAAUGAAAUAUUUUGCAUUAAACUGUAUAUGCAAUUUUCUUAAUUUGAGGUAGUUUUAAGUAACACUUGCCCUCAUUAGAUUUUCUAUAUGUUCACCAAUCAAAAGCAUUACGUUUUUUGGACUUAAUGUUGGUCAUUACAGAGAAUCCAGAUUCACUGAUGUAAGUGCUUCCAAAAUCAUGAUCAAAAUUUUGUUACAAACAUUUAGAUAUCUGUGGAAAUUUAUCAGAAGAAAAAUUUGUCAUGCAGAAUUCAUUGGGCCAUGCAUUCUUGUUUGUUUAAAAAAUAAAUACUUUCAAGAAUAGUACCUACUAUUUCUCACAAUACGUCUCUGAAUUGUUUGACUUUGUUUGACUACAAAUAAGCACAGCUUUAAUCCUGCUUUAUACUUAUUGAACGUGUCAAAUAUUUCAUAUUUUGAUCUCUGACUAUCAGGUACUUAAUCCCUCCGCCACAACAAUACAGGUUGGACACACUCUCCAAUACCUGGCUUGACUACCUUUUUAAAAAAAACAUGGAAGCAUAAAGUUUUCACACUGCCCACUGGAAUCAUAUAUGACAUCUUUAGUACCCCAGCUCACAUCUAAAAAACUCUGACCAUAAGACUGAACUGUCAUGUUAUGAUCACCCUACAAAGCCCAGUCGUUAAAACAUGGUACUUAUCCAUCUAUUUCAUCUAACUUGGUCCUGAUGGUGAAGGCAUUGACAUUUUUAUAAUAGCUUCACAUGAAGCUACUUUUAGUUUCCAAAUUCAUCUUUCACAAAGCCAUUAGUAAUUUUACAGAUACUCUGUUAUGCCUCACCUGUACAAGCAACAGAAAGAAAGAGAAGAUAGUACUUAAUUUCAUGAAACCCUAUGUUCCGGAAUGGUUUCUUUGCUGUUAUUUUUAUAUAUUUUUGCUACCUGUCAACCCAUCCCUGUGUUACAACAUCUGUUCUCUCAGGCAAUUUCCCAACAAUAUCAUCUCAAAGAAUUUCUUUGAAAAUUUAAUAUCUUCACCUUAAAAUGUAUAUAUUUUUUUAACACGAAAAAAAACAUACAAAUUUCCCAAGCUCUGGCGGGCCAUUUAAAUUCAGUUUUCAGGCCGCAUGUGAACUGCAUGUUUGACAGCACUGGAUUAACACAUUUUUGAAUAAGCAAUUUUAUUAUUAUUAAAUUGGUACUCUAUCUGAUGAAGUGUAGAUUCGUGAACUUAUGGCACUAAAUUCUAUUAAAUUCUUAAUGAAAUAUUACAGACCUGUGUACUUUUACGAUUUUGGCGUACAAUGUACGAUUUUUAGAUGUCUUUUACGAUUGUACGCCGAGACCCGCUAAAACUACGAUUUUCAGAGGCCUGUUGGAAAAAAAAAAAUUUCCCGAUUAUAAAAAUUAAUAAAUUUUCGGUUUUGGCAAUUUUAGCCCUCUCUAAAAUAAAGAUCUGGCAGUGAAUAUGACCAAGAAAAAACGAUUGGUUGUUGUUUUUUUUUUUUUUUUAAAGUUGGGACAAUUCUUCUUUAUAUUUAAUAAGCAUUAAUGGGGAGGUGGGGGCUGUUGAUUAAGGAAAUUGUGGCAUACGAGACACGCAUGGGUAGGGGAUUGGUUGGUGUGUCAAAGGAUAUAAAUAAAUCACCGCGACGUAUGAUAUUGAUGGUGAUUGUCAUAUUACUGCUUUGUGUGUCACAGUCACAGUGAACUAGCUAGUUGCGUCAACAGUAAUAUUUAGACUAGUCGCCUUAGCGACAACUCUUAGCGACAACUUCACUCACCAUCGCCUUUGACUGCUGCCAAGCGUGUGACGUAGUUUUGUUACAUAAUUAUUUUGUUUUGACUCCCAAAAACAUGGUUCUGGACAGGUUCUUGAAAAAAAAUGUGGCUCUUAAACAAAUUUUAAUCGCCCUGCUGGUGAUUUUUUGGCUCUUUUAACUAAUGAGUUUACCCACCAUUGGACUAAAGUGUGUUAGCGGGGAAAAAAAGCAAGACAGUUGGCUCUAUAAGAGACUGUCAGGAUAAUCAUUCAAGAAUUCAUGCAUAAAUGUAGGUGCAUUCUGCAAUCCUUAGCGCGUACGUAAUAAACAGUCGGGCUUUUCAUUAGCAAUCAAUCAGAGACAAAAGGGGUGGUGUUCAUUUAGGAGAUCGUGUGCAUGGCGUCCAUUUAAAUUUAGAUACUCAACACCGCCAAAUUUUCGUAAUGACAUUUCGGGUGUGUGUGUGGGGGGGUACAAUAUUCAUCCCGAAACUCUGAAAGUCCAAAAAUAGCGUAUUUAUAUCUCGAUUCUCGAAUGCUGUAAAAUACCACCCAAUGUUUAGUACGAAUUAUAGUCGUGAUGUUGUCAAGAGGUAUUUUCACAAAUGAACUCGCUAGCUAUACUCAGUAGCAGAGAAAUUACGGUAUGGGGAUGUUGAAUCCACCGAAUGUUCUAACGUUUUCGUUUGCUGGCGCCUAUGCCAUAUUAGGUUUUCACCAGGCUCCUUGUGUGAAAUUCUAACAAGUACACUUGAAAAUAGCGAAUACAAAAAUAAAAUAAAGGGUGGAAUACAAAUAAGUAUAACACCUUUUGUAGGUCACUGAGCGCCACCUGUAACUGCAAUCAUUGUGGGUAACUGGACCGAAAGUUGUCACAUUGGAUUAAAAAUGGCAAUAAAAUUAUGAAAUGUUUUUAAUAUUUCACAACGCCCCUGUGAGGAAGCCGCAGCAGCCCAGAUAGAAAAUUUGCACACACACCCCCACCCCACCCCCCACGUGGGCGGACCAGUAAAAGGAAAAUUUAUUUCGCCCUUAAUCUUUGUGAUGUAAAUGGUAUUUUAUAGCUGAAUUGACUGUUUAAGUUCCUUUCUUUAUUCUAUAGACGAUUUUCGCGCCUGUUGCUCUUCGUUACAUUCUCAUGGCCCUGCCCAAGGGCAGCGAGCACCCAGGGCGAUGUGUUGUCCGAUGUGGCAUAUAUUCUGUGAACCACUGGGCUGGCCGAAUCACCAGUGGCGAAAACCCGUGUCACAUUUUGUUGACUGUAACAUAAUAUGUAAUGGAUUUUGCCAAUUUUUUUAUUAUUGUAAUUGGGGGAGGGGGUUGUAAAAAAGUCUGCGUGCAAUGGAAAGGCCGGGGGAGGAGGGGUUUACAUAAUUAGACUUUUCUGCGUACCGGUACCUUUUAUAUAGAUGGCCUAUCGUGUUUGUUUGCGUUGCAUGACGGCGCGUUCCAUUUGUUGACGCCAACUUAACUCGAUUCCACUGAACACCGCUAUAGGAGUAGUUAUUAUCUAUAUAAUGUGUACUGUAGUUUUAUUUAUUGACUAUUAAGAUAUUGUAUUGUACGAUUUUUAGACCUUAUUGUACGAUUUUAGGGGUUUGAGGGUAAACAGGUCUGAUAUUAAAGCUCUGUCAAAUUCUAAAAUUGAUUAUUAUACAUAUUCAUUCUUAGGCCAAGAUUAAAAAAAAAAUUUAAAAAUUCCAUGGAAUAAAUUUGGGUGAAGGGUGGGUGUGUGUCGUUGGCUUGUAAGUGGGGUACACACUUUUCAAGCUUUUCCUGUAAAAAAACUAGGUGGUUGGCUAAUAAAUAAAUGGAGUAGAAAGAAUAUCUACAGAAUAUCUAAAAGAAAAGCUGGGGCACAAAGUCUCUGGGUUCUGGGACAUCUACCCUGACUAGACAUUUGCAAAAACCAAAUUUCUCAAGCCAUUUACACAACACAUUAUCUUUCAAAGCAUGCACACACAAUAUAAUGCUUACAUUGCUAAAGAAAGUAUAGAAAGUUAUUUUAUGUUUAGCAUUGAAGGCAGGUGUUCAUUAUUUCAAUGCAUCAAACAAAAAAAUGUGCCUAUAAAAUGGAAGUUAAAUCUUUCUUCUCUUUUAAAAAUAUUUUUGUACCUAAUAGGUAAGGAUAUCUUCUUCUGUAACAUGCUCAUUUACAAAAAUAUUUCAAGAGCACUUUAUAGAAACAAUUUAUAAAAUCUUUCAUAAAAAAUAUAUUUAAAAAGCAAAAAAAUGAAAAUCCUUGUUUAUUAAUGUUUUGAUGUUACGCUAUUUGGUUAAGUGUUAUUCUGCGCUUUCAGGUACAACUGUAAUAGGUACAACGAAGAUGAUGCCAAAAAAGCUAGGGAUAGUCAAGAGGUAAGUGUGAGUAUUUUUCUAUGUUUUGUUAAUUAUUUUAUUUUAAAACUAUAUUAUUUGAAGUUAGCACUGACUGUUAAUUUAAAAUUGUGUAUUCAUGUAGCAAAACUAUAAUAUUUUCAAUUAAUUAUUUGAGAUACAAAGAUAGGCCCAUUAAAAUUUGAAGCUGCUGUAGUGAAUAAUUGUAAACCUUCACUUGAAUCCAAGUUAUUGUUUAUAUCAGUGGCUUUCAUUCUUUUUUCAUCACCAAAUAUAAGCACUCUCAGAAUAGUAUGCAUGAAUUCUGAGGAGAAAAGGAAACUUUAAAAGUGUAAGGAAUCUUUGAAUAUUUCAUAAAAAUAUAAAGACGCUUUAACUCAUAACUUAAAUGAUAUCACAGCUUUUUUCAGGUAACCUAUCAAUAGGGCAAGAGUUAAAGAUAUCUUCCCUUAAAGUAUAUAUUUCAAGCUCUUUUGCAAAUAACUCUUUCAUCUAAACUCUUAUCUCCUAAAAAAAGUAUAUAGAAAAACAAAGAUUCAUUGCCUUUGAAGUGGACUUUUUAUGUCGGUAGUAACUCGGUUAUUAGUACACCACACAAAUUAUUUUCAUCUUCUAAACUAUUUUACUGAUUUAUUAUUGCACUCAAAAUUUGCUGAAAGGUGUCAUCUCAAUUAUGUUAUGUGGGGACUAAACUAAUUUGUUAUAAGAAACUCACUAUUUUCUGGGAGAUUGAUUACUUUACUGACUGUGUGUGACUUUUCCAGAUUUAGCAAUCAACUAAAGAAAUGUUAAAAGAUGCACACCAGCCAUCUGUAUUUUGUUGAGAGGCAUUGGAAAACAUGAAUGACAGUCUUUGGCUCAGUUUUGUUCACAUCACCUAAACAAGUGUUGUUAAUCACCUCUUAUACAGUUGCGGUCUACUUUCUACUCAUAUGUUUGAAAAAAAAAUAUAGUAAAAAUGGCCUAUGUCUAUCCUCAAAUCUUUAAAAAAAUUUGCAUAUAUAAUUUUUCAUCCCACUUUAGUUACCCCUCCUUUUUUGGGGGUGGGGGGGUGUUUUUGAAAACCACUGAUUUGGACUAAAUUUCCUUUUGAAUCUUAAGAGAGUUGUAAAUGACAUAAAGAAAUAACUAAAGUAUAUAAAGGACAUGUUUGGUAUCAAAAUAAAUUUUUAUCUAACAUUUGUAGGGCCUAUAACUAAUUAGCACAUAGUUUUUCCUGCAGCCCUGUAUAACUGAAUGUUCUCCAUUAUUGUUUGUUAAACUUUUUAUUUAAAUUAUACAAUUUAUGGAAGUUCAUUGUCAAAUUUUAGUAUUGUAUUAAUUGAAAAUUUUUUUUUUUUAAAUUGUAUUUAUUGACUAAGACUAUAGAGAAGUACUCUUGAAUUCUUUUUGAUAUUAUGCGUUUUAAUAUUCAAUAUAAAAAUUAAUAUUCCUUUCGGUAAGAUUUUUGUUGACAGACUCUUAUCAGUGCAUUUAAAAGGAUUUAAAAUAGGAUUUUAAUAUUCUGUUAUAUGGCCUAAGUAAAUGAAAAAACCCUAAGUUUUAAGUAAAAUAUUUUUUAUUAAUAUUCAAGUCGUAUAAUUUUUUAAUACUCUUUAGUGCCUUUAUUUUAUCAAUCUUGUAAGUGUAAGGGUUGUUGUCAGUAAUUAGGGAAGGUUAUGAUAUAGCUUAGGGGUGGGCAUCCUGUGGUCCAUAGGCCACUUACAGCCUUGAAACCCGCACACUGGGUGAAUGUUUUUGUAAAAUGUAGAAAUUGUGAAUAGAUAUCCAAUAAAGCCUUUGAAAAUUAAAAACCACAGGGUAUAAACUUAGUGUAAGUAUAAUUGAAAAAUAGGAAUAAUAAUAAGCACACCAAGUUUAAAAAAAUAUGUUCCACCGCUUAUUUUUCAACUGAACUCAGAGAGAAUAUUAAUGUCGUAUUUUGAGUAAUGUAAAAGUAGGUCCUUUAUUCUCUGAUAAAGAUGGCACAGCCAACACGGCCAGUAAUUCGUGAUUUUGCAAUAUAACAGCUACAAAAAUUAGUUUGUUUGUUCCUAUUUCUAUUCCUCUAUACACACCAGCAAUAUCACUUAUAAUGAUUCUAUACUAUUUAUUUCAACAAGGACUUUUGAUUUCAGAUUAUUCAAAACUAGUUAAAAACUGUAACAACUAAAAACCUCAUUAAAUUUUUAAAGCUUGUCACUAAAAAAUUCCAGGCUAUCAUUACUUGGAGUAAACUAUAUUAACCGUUAACUAGUUUUUAGAUGUUAUCUAUAAGUUAUCAUCUCCCCCACAAUUAUUGUGAAGAACAUUUACAAAUGCGUUCAAUUGCCUUGUAUAGAACUAAAAAAGAAACAGGCUGUGCGAGAAAUCCCCAUUUAUUCAAAGGCAGACUGGGAUAGCCUGAGAAGUGCAACGACUGAGCUGAGUUCAAACAUGCAUGAGAUUCAGGGUAAUGCGACAACAGAAGAGCUGUGGAUGAAAUUCAAGACAACAAUCACUGAUGCAGUGAUGAAAUUCAUACCACACAAGACCUCAAAACCUAAGACAAAUCAACCAUGGGUUACGGCUGAAAUCCAAAGGCUCAUACACAGGAGAGACCGCCAGUACAAACGUAUGAAGAAGAAUGGGUCGGUCGAACUAAAAGCCGAAGUACUGAGGCUCCGAAGAACCAUCCAAUGCUUACUGCGCAGAUCCUACUGGAACUACCUGAACGGCAUCUUCUCAGAGGAAGAUACUACCGUCAAGAACAAGCGGUUCUGGAGCUAUGUCAAGCAUCAAAGGUCAACAAACAUCGGGGUUCCCCCCUGAGAUGGGAAGGCAAGUUGACGUCUGAACCCAAAGAACAGGCGGACAUACUCAAUCAACAGUUCCAGUCGGUCUUUGGGGAUGGUAGAGAGUACUCAGAAGUUGAGUUCCUGCUGAAACCAACAGGAUGAGCACAGCCUAUCCCACCAUGGAAGACAUCCAGAUUUCAGAGAAGGGUGUGCUGGAACUUCUUAAAAUCAUUAACCCCUACAAGGCAUGUGGUCCUGACAACAUCAAGCCACGAGUGCUAAAAGAAUUGGCCAAUGAAAUCGCUCCUGCAUUAACAAUCCUCUUCCAAUCGUCGCUAUUCACUGGCAAAGUUCCAACUGACUGGAGAACAGCGUAUGUCACUACGAUCUACAAAAAAGGAGAGCAUUACGACCCAGCCAAUUACCGCCCUGUAUCCCUCACUAGCGUAGUAUGUAAACUAUUGGAACACAUAAUCGUAAGCGCGGUCAUGAAUCACCUGGAAAGAAAUAAUAUACUCAAUGACUGUCAGCAUGGCUUUCGAGUCAACAGAUCAUGCGAGACCCAACUCCUUGAAUUUACUGAAGAGUUGACGACCAACUUGGAGAACAGCAAGCAGACUGAUGUGCUUGUGCUGGACUUUUCAAAAGCGUUUGACCGUGUCAACCAUAGCUUGCUAUUACACAAACUGCAUAGAUAUGGGAUCCAAGGCACUACCAAAACAUGGAUCUCUAGCUUCCUCAGCGACCGAUGCCAGGCAGUAGUGGUAGAUGGCAAAACCUCCUCCUUUGUCGGUGUUAAGUCAGGGGUCCCCCAGGGCUCAGUGCUAGGCCCUUGUUUGUUCCUAGCAUAUAUCAAUGAUCUGCCCGAGAAGCUGACCUCUCAAGCAAGACUGUUCGCAGACGACACGGCGGUAUAUAGGACAAUGGUCAACAGCUCUGACCAGAGCCAGCUUCAACAAGACCUCAAUCGGUUAGCUGAGUGGGAGAUGAGCUGGGACAUGGAAUUUCAUCCCGUCAAGUGCCAGACCCUGUCAGUCUCCAGAAGCAGGUUCCCUCUAAACCACUCUUACGAACUGCAUGGCCAUAUUCUUGAGCCAGUUUCCUCCGUUAAGUACUUGGGUGUUACCAUCCAAAGAGAGGUCCGCUGGGACGAGCACAUUAACAGUGUGUGCAACCGGGCAAACAAGACCCUGGGGUUCCUAAGGCGCAAUCUGAAGAUCGGCAACUCAAGCGUGAAAGAAAAAGCCUAUAAAGCCUUUGUCCGACCUAUUUUAGAGUACGCUUCUACAGUCUGGGACCCAUUUACCCAGAAAAGCAUAGACAGGUUGGAGGCGGUCCAGCGACGGGCAGCACGCUUUGUCAUGAACCGCUACAGAAGCACCUCGAGUGUUGGCAGCAUGCUAGAAACACUGGGCUGGUCGACAUUGGAAGAACGACGACGACUAUCCAGGCUCACCAUGUUGUACAAGAUAACAAAUGGACUGGUGCACUGCUCCGGAAUCAAACAGAAACUCGUUAAUCUUCCCCCCAGACUGCGACGAAGUCACGACAAACAGUUCCGGCUGGUAAAAACAAGAACGAAGUACAGAAGCUCCUCAUUCCUGCCGAAGACAAUAGGGGACUGGAACAAGCUUCCAAAAGCAACAGUUGAGGCGGCUACACUCGAUACAUUUGUGUCUAUUGCCUCCUGUAUUCCAACCCCCAGUUCAUAACACCACUGCUGAGUCGCCCUUGCAACCAGUGAAGUAUCCCAUUGAAACCCAUGGACAGUAACAUCGCAAACCCCUCUGAAACAUAGGAGCCAGAAUUAUCAAUUCAUUGAUCGUGGGCCCUUAAAAUAAAGAAGAAGAUUUCUACAAAUAGCUCCUUAGAAACUUAAUAGAUUCAAUAUUCAUCAGGCCAAUACUGAGCCACACAGCCAUUCCUAAGUCAAACUUUGGAAAAUAAAAGAAAUAUGGACAAGGUUUAAUAUUACAUAAAAUUUAUUAGAAAAAACACUAAAAAAACAAUGAAAGAAAUGUUUAUUUUUUACUUGAAGUGCUGGCGAUAGAAUGGUAUUAAGUUUGCGUUGAAUUUUGAGAAACAUUCUCCUUUACAAAGUCUAACUUGGCACAAAUUACAUCCAUAAACAGUCUCAUUUGCCCUCUUUCUUUUCAUGAUGAUAUAAACAUGAAACAACAGUUUUAUUUCACCAACUGUUGCUGGCUUUCACAAUUCAUCCACUUUGGCAGCCCUUUGUAACAAAGUUUGUUGACAUUGUUCAGCAUACAGAUUUGUUUGGUUUACUGCUGUUGUAUAAAAGUCUUCUGGUAGUUGUCAUGUUUAGGGCAACUAUCUGCAAUAAACUCCCUGACCACAACAUCUGUGAUAUUAUCCCACUGGCCUACGAUGUCUGGACCUAUUGGGUCUAUGUUGUCUGGGCCUACAUCAUCGGACUCAUCAGUAUUGAUAUCAGAGUCACUAAGGUCAAACUAUUCAGUUCAAUUGGAACAUCAUCACUUUCUUCUUUAUCAUAUUCACUAUUACCCGCUAAGUCUUAUGUAUUCCCAUCAUAAUCGUACCCAGUAGCAUCCCUAAACAUCCUUUGAACAUCAUCCAUUUUGAAAAAAAAACAAAAAAAAAAACACUAUUUAAAAAUUUACCAAUAACACGUCUUGUCCAAAAAUAAUCAAAGAAAGACUAAAAGGAAGCGUAUCUAUAGCUCUUUUAUUUGAGAGUUAAAGAAAGCAUAUAUUAACUACUUAAAAAAUUGGCUUGGGCUCUGCAGCGAAACAACCCAAAAUCGGCUUCGCUCGGCAACUGCAAGUGUCAAUCAAUAGGGGUGAUGAUGGGCGACUCCAAGAGAAAACGGUUCAGUUCUUCAAAUUUAACCAUAAGUUUUUUUAUUAGAAUUUUGGCAUUAUUCGAUAAAACACGAAAUAUUUAGAAUAUAGCCAUUAUUCUUCAAAAUAUUUUUUGCUGUUGAAGCACAUUUAUCCGCUUACAUUUUAAGAUAAAAUAGAAAAACAUCACUAAAUUAAUGGAUAUUUAAAUACUACAUAUUAAUCUUCACAACUUUGCUCUUUCAGAGAUCCCGAGCAGCUUUACAGAGGUACCUAUUUUAUUGCAACAGAUAUAUGAAUCACAUGCAAAGUCUCAAGUUUGAACACAUGGUUGGUUCUGGCAUUUUUUUAUUACUGACUGUCACAUAGUUUUUAUCAUUUGAUGAUAUAUAACAUUGGAUUUUUUAAAUGUGUUAAAUAGAAAGAUUUGGAUGGUUAUAACUUAAAUCCAGUAUUUUUCUCAUUAUUAAAGUUAUGUCAACAAAAAAAUUAUCAUUAGUUUUUAUCUUUUGAAAAGAGCACUAUUUUAAUAUUAUUCUAUAAAAAAGUGAGAAUUGUACAACCAUACCCUGCAGAUUACUUUAAUUUUGGUUCCAGUGGGGGAAUCUUUAGCUAUGAAUAACAAUUUUGUCAAUUUUAAUUGUUCAAAAGCCAUAAAACUGAUAAAAAAGUAAAAUUAUAUUGCACGAAUGUGAUUUCUCUAUCAAGUAUUAAUGUUUGACGAGCCUAAAACUCUUACCUUCUCCUUGUCUAUCUCAUUAAGCUACAGUAUAGAACACAUGAGCUCACUUUAAAAAAUCAAUUAUAGCUUAAGAUUUUAGUAUUUGAGAAAGAGCUUCUCUGCUUUUGUUUUUUCAUACGCCUAAGCAAUCCCUAAAGAAUCGAGUUCCUUCACACAGCUUUUGCAGCAACAAAAAUUGGCUAGGUUUACAAUUUGCUGUUUGUUACUGUAUGGCAGCGGUUCUCAACCUGUGGGUCAUGACCCCUUGGGGGGGGGGGUCGCACGACCCUUUCCCAGGGGUCGUCUAAGACCAUCUAAAAAUACAUAUGCUCCACAGUUAUGAAGUAGCAACGAAAAUAAUUUUGUGGCUGGGGGUCGCCACAACAUGAGGAACUGUAUUAAAGGGUCGCGGCAUUAGGAAGGUUGAGAACCACUGCUGUAUGGAACUUAAUAAAUUACAUUAAUAAAAAAAAAGACUCUUAGGGCUUACAAUUCUAAACAAGUUUUGUGUCAUAGUAAUAUGCAAAAAGUUAUGCAGUGCUUGGUUAUCGACCUCAGUUGUCUUCUAUUUAAUAACUGAUAGUGUUAUAAUAUCUUUAUUAAUACAGCAAUUCUAUUUGUAAUUCACAAAAUAUUUUUUGUCUGGGCAGCUUUACCAGUCUAUAAAGUCUAAGAUGGAAGAGAUGCAGCAACACAACAUGUCUUGGAUUGAGGUGCAAUUCCUUAAGAAGGCUGUUGAUGUGUUGUGUCUAUGCAGGCAGACCUUAAUGUACACUUAUGUUUUUGCCUUUUACCUCAAGAAGAACAACCAAUCCAUCAUUUUUGAAGUAAGUUUUAUAUCUUAAACAGACUUGGUUACUCUUAUGAUUUAGGUGUACAGUCUUGAAUUUUAAGAUGUCUUUUACAAUUGUAAGCCGAGACCUGUCAGAACUAUGAUUUAAGGGACCAGGUUAUAAAAAUAUAUUCUGGUAGUUUUUACAGUUGUAAGUUUUAGCUUAUUUCUACAUCGGCUGUUGAAUGGACAGAGGAAUACUAAUGGUUGGGUUGAAAAUGCAAUAAAGCACUGUAUAUAAAGGCUGCAGCUAUUUGGACCCAGAUCCGAGAAGUUAGAGUUUGGGUUUAUUAAAAAAUAUUAAGAAAUAUUAAAAAAUUAUUGUAGGGUUUGUAAGACAAAAUUUGGUAUCAAAUGAAAGAUAAUUGAAUGGACUAUAUGUUUGAAAACUUACUUCUUAAGUUUAUCUAAAAUAAACUACCACAAAUGACAUCCAAAUAGCAUUUAGUCAAAAUGGAACCGGAAAUGCAUUGCCACUAUUCGGACCCGGGUCCCUUUAGACUCAAUUUUACAUCCAGCAGUGAAUGGAUCGAGAAAUACAAUUGGCUGGGUACCAUCCAUAGUUAUAUUACGUCUGCCCUGAGAGGAGAAUACAGUGGUGUUGGUUUUGGAGAUUUUGUGUACGUGUGGAGGGGAGGGGGGAUCUAAAUAUUUAUGUCUAUAAAGUUAACACUGCCCAUUUUUGUAAACCUAGUGGGGAUCCUUAUAUUGUUGCGUUGUGUUUUCUUAAUGAACUGGGUAGGCACAGCUACAGUACUACAGUAAUAUAUUGGCGUAUUCACCCUAGUGACAAUUUUAGUAGAUCCGGGGCCAUCAUUUCGCAGUGGGGGGUUGUCGAUUAUUUAGAUUUUGCCUACGCUUGCGUAAAAAGGGGAGGGGGGGGGUCGAAAGUACGUAUGUUAUUAAAAAAUUAGAUCAUAUUCAUCCCAAAACUGUUAAAGUCCAAAAAUAGCAUUCUAUUUAAUCUUGAAUGCUGUAAAAAUGUUAUGCAUUGGCUAUAGGAAUUAUCUUCACAAUUCUGCAAAGUAUUUUGACAAAUGAACUCCCUAGAUAUUCUCAGAUGGUACUAAGUAGUAGAGAUAUUACAGUAAUAUGUCCCAGGUGCUUGUGAUGUAUAUUUUGUUGGUCUAUGCCAGGGGUUCUAUAAUUUUCGUUUCCCGGCACCUAUGUAAAAUUCUGGUUUUCAGGCUCCCUGUGUUCCAUUCUAACAAGUACACUUUGAAAAUAGCAAAUACAUAAAAUAAAAUAAAGAGUUGGUUAAAAAUAAAUAUAACACUUUUGUAGUUCACUAAGGCCCUUCUAAUUCUAGUUACUGCAAACAUUAGUUACUUAAAUGAGAUAGGGCCUACUGUUUGCACCAAGGCUGAUAGAUGUCACAUUGGAUUAAAAGUGAAAAUACAAUUCAUGAAAAUUGUGUAAUAUUUCGCAACAACCCUGUGAGCACGCUGCAACAACCCAUAUAGAAAGGGGGUGGGUUGUCAAAAAAGAAUGCGCGCAAGAAGGGUGCUUGAAAAUUUUCCUUUUUUUUUUGCGUUCACUACCAUAUAGAUGCAAAAAAUAGCAUUCUAUUUAAUCUUGAAUGCUGUAAAAAUGUUAUGCAUUGGCUAUAGGAAUUAUCUUCACAAUUCUGCAAAGUAUUUUGACAAAUGAACUCCCUAGAUAUUCUCAGAUGGUACUAAGUAGUAGAGAUAUUACAGUAAUAUGUCCCAGGUGCUUGUGAUGUAUAUUUUGUUGGUCUAUGCCAGGGGUUCUAUAAUUUUCGUUUCCCGGCACCUAUGUAAAAUUCUGGUUUUCAGGCUCCCUGUGUUCCAUUCUAACAAGUACACUUUGAAAAUAGCAAAUACAUAAAAUAAAAUAAAGAGUUGGUUAAAAAUAAAUAUAACACUUUUGUAGUUCACUAAGGCCCUUCUAAUUCUAGUUACUGCAAACAUUAGUUACUUAAAUGAGAUAGGGCCUACUGUUUGCACCAAGGCUGAUAGAUGUCACAUUGGAUUAAAAGUGAAAAUACAAUUCAUGAAAAUUGUGUAAUAUUUCGCAACGACCCUGUGAGCACGCUGCAACAACCCAUAUAGAAAGGGGGUGGGUUGUAAAAAAAGAAUGCGCGCAAGAAGGGUGCUUGAAAAUUUUCCUUUUUUUUUUGCGUUCACUACCAUAUAGAUGCGCCGCCGCCCCCCCCCCUCUCGUGUUUCUUUGCUUCGGCGCUGUAUGACGGAAUUUUGGGACAAUUAUUUCUUAAGUUACGGUUGAACCAUGCUCAGUGGAGAAACAGAGAAAACGAAAUAAAGCUCUCUCAUCUGUUCCAUGCAGCAACAUUAGAUUUCAACAUAUUUAAUUGCGUCUGAAGGGGCCUUUGACAUAUAUUUUUAGAACGCACGUAACAGCUUUACUAUUUUUCAUACCCCCCAUUUCCCGUCACCCAUUUACAGUUGAUAGUUUUUGCUGUUAUCAGACUACAAUAUGUUAACCGGAAAUAUGCAUACUGGAUAUUGAUUCUUUUUUUUUUUCUGUUCACCAAUAACUUAACUUUAUCAGUGACAGACUCAGAUAAUGUGAUCUACACACUACACAUUCACCUAAAUAUUAAUUGUUAUCUUUAGCACAGGGGUCUCAAACUCAAAUCAUCCAGGGGCCACAGGAGCUAGUCUGAUUGAGACUUGCCUGCAUCACGUAUUCCACAAAAAGCGAUUACAAAUUCAAUAAAGCACAAUUGUUACAAUCUGCUAAACAUUUCUUAAUAAAUAAAACCAUUAAGGGUUCCCAAGAACUAUGCUUCACUUUCUUCCUCCUACUCCUUGUUGCCAGAGACCUGGCAGCGCUUCUUCUUACACAGCUGAGUAACAUUUGGCUUGUGUGAGGAAGCAACUGAGACCCUCAGUAUAGCUUGAAGAUACUCAUCAGUAAGUUUGGCCCUGCACUUUGACUCGUUAAAGUUCAUAGUGGAAAAGCUUUUUCACACAGAUGGAUACUCCCAAAAAGUUAUUUGAUCCGCUUAAACAACCUGGAAAUCUCGGUGAAGGUGGAGGGCAUUGCUCUCAUAAAUUGUUCAUGCUUGUCUGUUUUUCCAUUCACCUCCCUGAACUUAGAAUUGCACUGAAUAUCAAUCAGCUCCAUUUUGAAGCGCAAAAGAGAGAGGGGGAGGGGGCAUCUUCCACAUUGAAGGAGAAAGGGUCAGCAAAAAGUUGAAAAGUGGCUCUGUGUGUUUUGAAUGGUAAAAAAAAACGUGAUCAAAUUCUUCCCAUAGCUUUGCAAUGGCAUCAGUGUACUUUCCACUGAAUGGUGUUCUCGAGUCCAUGAGUUCUUUGCAUUUUGGGAAAUGGCAGAGGUUUCUCUGAGAACGAUAACACAGGUUUUGUGCAGAAUGCCCUGACAUUGUCAUAGGCAACACUGACAAGCUACCUCUGGUCUUGUAACUUCUUCUUGUUGAAUACAUUCAGCCCCUGUGUAAAGUCAACAAGAAAAGGCAAUUCCAUGAGCCAUUUGGGGUUACUUAGUACAGGAACAACCACCCCAUCCUUCUCCAUGUAGGCUUUAAAUGCCAAAACGUGCUCUAACAGUUGCCAGGAGGAGGCAAUAUAAAUGAAUUAUUGAUGCGAAGGAAGAUGAAUUUUGAUUUUUUUUAUAGCAGAAAAGGCCUUCUUUAACUAACCCUAUUUUGAUAAUGAGCAAGCUGUCAGGCUCUGAAUUUUCCCUCACUCGUACAUACUAACGGCUAAUUUAAUAGGGAUUCUUUGUUACUGUAUCAGAUUGCUAUGAUUUACAUAAUUAUGGUUGGGCAUUACCCACUAACUGACUUUAAGAACUUUUCUCAAAAUCGUACUUUAACCUUGUUUGUCUCAUAAAAAUGCUAUUAAAAAAAUAAUUUUAGUCUAAUUUUAAAAACGUUUUUUUUUUACCAUCAUAAUCAACGUUCAAAUAUAUACAAACAUUAUAAAAAAUCAGAAUUAGACUAGUAGGUGAGAUUCGAUUGAAACCGUCGCAGAGGGUCACAUUAUAGAUAUGAGAAUGGGGGAAAUGCGAGGGCCGAAUUAACACUAAACUUUGCUAUCAUGUAGAGGGCCGCAAAAUAUCUUGCGAGCUUCAAAUGGCUCACAGGCCGCGAGUUUGAGACCCCCUGCUAUAGCAGAUACACGUCUGCAAAACAAAGUGACAGCAGAUUUUAGUAUAAAUGUCAUACAUCUACUUUGAGAAGUGAACUUUUUUUUUUUUUUUUUUUUUUUUUUUUUUUUGAGGCCAGCUGGACUCGAACUCACGAUGCGAGUAGUUAUUAUAUAUCUUAUUUAUACUGUAUGUUUAUUUAUUUACCAUAAGAUACUGUAUUGAAUGAUUUUGAGACAAUAUUGUACGAAUUAAGAAGUUUGAGUGUGAACAAGUCUAAACCAUCAUUAAACAACCUAUUAUAUCUCAGGACAACCAAAAAGAUCUAGAGAAUGCAACAGAACAGCUUUCAGAGUACUUGGAGCGAGAGAUUUCAUCAGAGGUACUACAUGACAUAAAGCAGAAGGUGCAAGACAAAUACAGGUAAUGUUAUUUGUUUACAAUGAUUAAAUGGGGAAUAAAAAGAGUCUUGGACUGAGUGGCUGCAACAGAGUUACAAGUUUAUAUUUUUUAAAAGGGUGGAGAAUUGAGAACUUGGAACUGUUUUGAAUUCCUUAGCAUUGUAUUUCUUGUGGUCAUUGUCAUAAAAAUACCAUUCAUAGAAACUUGCCAUUGUAUGCUACAGAUCCAUUACAAGCUAUUUAAGCAGCUUAUUACUUUUUUAAGGGGAGCUACUUUUUCAUUUUCCCAUGGUUAGAUGAUGAGAUCAUCAUGAGAAUGGGCAACAUUUGUUGUUUUUGGUGCCCAGUCAAAAAUAAAUCACUCUAUCCUCCCUGUAAAAGAAAUAUGCAAUAAUAUUGAGUUUUAAACUUUUGAUUUGAUUAAAAUACCUUCCUCUUUGUACCUUCUAAAAAAAAUUUGAAUGAAAAUUUGAUAAUGAAAUUUAAAUACUCUUGUGACUGAGCUUGGUUUCAUUGGAACAGAAGUCUAAAAAGAUAGCAUGAAAUUUGAACGCUGUCAAUUACAUGUUUUUUUUUUUAAAAUUCGUACAAUGACAUAGCAUUAAUCAAGCUAUUUCAUACUGAAUAUUUAACCAUAGUUAGUAGGAUGAGUAAAUCUAUGGAGACAACAUAGUGGCCAUAAUGGUUUUAAAAAUUGGGUUAAAACCCAGUCACAAAUAGGGUUGCAUGUAAGUUGCCAGUAAAGGUACAAUCUUAAAAAACACCUAAAAUGGAGGGUGAAAAGGCAAUCAGUGUACAUUUCAAUUCAAAGGACUUAAAUAUGGCUUUGUACAUCAAUCAGAAUUAGAAGCCUAAGAUAUUGUCUAGUCUCUUUUAAGUCAUAAAAAUAUGAAAUAAACUUAUUACUUUCUAACUAAAUAACUAUAGUAGAAGUUAGUUAAGAUCAAGAUUUUUACUUUUUAUAUUAGUUGCUUUCAAUCCAAUAAGUAUCACGAUUUGAAGCUUAAGAGUUAAUGUGACUCAAUUGAUAGUUAACAAAUUCAGGCAGCACAAACCCCAGUGCCUCUUUAUAUUACCCAUAGUUAAAAAUUAUAAAUGUUUGAAAGGGAAUAACAUUUUUUUUUUAUUUCAGAUAUUGUGAAAGUCGGAGAAAUGUGCUACUAGACCAUGUGCAUGAAGGUUAUGAAAAAGACCAGUGGGAGUAUAUUGAGGCUUAACUUACUUAUUUAUUAGUCUCAAGCAGCAGCAGGGCUCAUCUCUCUUUUACAAUAGUCAUUGUUAGUCAUGUGUCUUGUCACUAAUACAUCAAAAUGCCCUCUCCCUUUCAAACUGCUUGUCAUGCUUACAUUGAUAAGUUGCAAUAGAAUCAUCCAGUUACAGCUCAAUGCUUAACGUCAAUAACCUUAAGCAAACUGGGUAGCUAUGGAAAGUGUGCUGUUUACAUUUAUUUCACCAACAGUUUGUCAAUGAGUUAGUAAGAGUACCUAGUACAAGUGACAAAAAUUUUCCAUCUUUUUCAUUUGUACAAGACAUUACAAGCUUGGUAUUAUAAAGAUCUCUUUUUAAAAAUCUAAUAUAAAUGAUUGAAUUGUUCUGUAACAUAAAUUCUUCAUGUGGAAAAAUGCAAAUAAAUCUGAUAGUGGAGUACCAAAGCUUUACUCGACUGGAAUUUUACUGAACACCUUUGAAAUUACCAUACAGAGUAAAUAAAAUUAUUCACUAAUGGUGUGUCUGAAUAUUAGUCAAACCUUUGUACGUAUCACAAUUUGAAUAGAGCAUUUUUAUUUUUAAAAAAAUAUAUAACUAAAGAUUAAUUGUGUAAUAACAAGUAUUGCAAACUUAACCACUAUUCAUUGUGGUUAAUGAAACACCUGUUUAUUUUUGCAAAAAAACUGAGUAACUUGAAAUAGCUUAAAAUGUGAAGUGUUGUAGCAUAGAUGACUGGGUUAAAAGCUCAGACACUUUCAGUGUUCCCAUGGACUAAUUGUGAUAUACCCGGGAUACCUGGAAGUAAAUUGAAUGUAUCUACAAAGUGCCUAGACCUUGCUUGCUAAAUUAUUACACAAUUUGUCAACAUUAAGAUCUAUGGAAAUGAGGCCAUAAAUUAAAGAACUUAUGUUUUGCAAUAAACAAAAUUUGUGUCUGCAGGAAAUAAUUUCUUCUAUUUUAACAAAUCGUCUAAUAUUAGACUUUAUACUUUCUGGCUGGAAAUUUGGAGAUUAAUUGAAACAAUUCAUCAAAGAUUGUUAAUAUAUAUAAAGUAUUACAGAACUGUGAAGUUUUUUGUAAUAAUUUAAUUAAAAUGCAAGAAUCUGAACACUGCUGUAAUAUUUUUCUGAGUUUAUAUGUUUUUCUUUUUUUUUAAGAGGAAACAAGUUUAAUAAUUUAAGAAAAGGAAGUAAAGCAAUUAGUUUUUGAACAAUAUUUUUGACAUUUUAUUUUUUAAGUUGACCAAAAAGAACACACUUUGUCAUACUGCAAGUCUCCACUAAGUACAUCUAGCACUUUUAACUCUGUAUACAAUUUUUGGCUGCUGUUAAUUUUAAAGCAAAGCAUAUUUGAAUAUUUUGAUAUUGACACGUAAAUAACUUAAUACUGUCACAUAUUGUGAUAUUUAGUUAUAAAAAGAAAAGUGCAUUUGUGUCAAACUUAUAAAGAAUGUAUACAUUUGCUUGGGUAAAUCAUCUGAAUAAUAAUUUAGAACAUUUCAACUUGUGUUUUUUUUUCUUGUUUCAUGCAUUAAAGUAAAUUUUUCCCAAUUGCAAUGUUCUAUUUGUUCAAAGUUGGCAUAAAGUAAGAACUGUUUGCUUUCUGAUCACUACUGGAAGCUUGGGUUCAGAAUGUUCUUGUGUUCUGUGGAGAAUUAUAUUGAUAUAUUCUUGAUUUAUCAAAUUAUUUUAUUUUGAGGUUUGAUUUUUCUGUAUAAUAUAAAUUUAAAUGUUAAUUUUAAAAAAAUAAAUGAAAUCCUUUUUAGUCUUUUAAGAUUUAAAUUUUAUUUAUUUUCUCGCACUUAUGUUAAGGAAAGUUUCAACACUCCAUUGUGAUGAUUUAAUUUGAUUUAGCAGUUCAAGUGCUGCUUUGCCAAAGUUGUGGAGGGCAGAACCGCACCAUUCCUUACAAAAAGAGAAAAGACAUUUAAAAAAGGGUUAACUGUUAAAACAACUUAGGUCUAGUAUUAAUUGGUAAUUGUUUAUGAGCUCCAUUGAAUAGGUCGGCAAUGGAAAAUAUUUGAUGACAUUUAGAGUUAAAUAAUAAAAGAGUUAAAUAAAAGCGAUAAAUCUGACACUGCUCCCUGGUGCUGUGUCAAACCUAUCCAUCGGUCCACAAAACUUAAAAGUUUGGGAAACUGUCUUAGUGAUUCAAGGCCAUGACAACCUAUGAAACAGUCACCUAGGCCUACAGCCCAUAGACUGCUUCAUGUGCACCAAGAGCAGCUUGACUGAGAUGAAAGACAUCAAUCCAUUAUUCUUUAAAAAAUUAUUCGAUUCAUAAUGUAUGGCCAGGUAUCUUCUCAGUUCACUUAACUAAUCAAGUUGAAUUUUUUUUUGCGGGGUAACUGGAAAUGAUUAAAAGAAAAACUGUUAAAAUGGAAAAAGCAGUUUUUAAUUAUUACACAAACAAAACUAAUUUUAAUCCAUAGCCAAUGUGUUGUUUUCAAACACAUCAAAAUACGUCAUGGUGCACUUGUAAAGAUAUUAAAAGAUUCACUUGUACAAUUUACUUGCUUAUGUCUUUAUACUUUGUCUGGGGCAUAGGCUGUCUACUAGAAUUUUACAUUCAUCUUAGUCCUGUGCUUUCCUUUCCAGUUGCUUCCAGGUUGUAUCCCAUUCUUUGUGUGUCUGCCUCUAGCUCGUGUCUCUAUGUAUUCUUUGCCCGUCCUCUCUUCCUCUUUUUCCCUGUGGAUUCCAUGUUAGGGAUUGUCUGGUGAUGUAAUGUGGUUUGGGGGGGGGGUUGUUACGAAGAGUGAGAGUGUGCCUUAUGCACCUUCAUGUUUUCUUUACGAUGUCUUCACCAAUAGGCUCUAGGUAUGUCCUUUGUAAACAACAACCUGCCUUCCAUUAAAGUAUUUAAGUACUUAUCUGGUUUCUCACUUGUCAAACAAUAUGUGUUCCUGUAUAUUUUUCAAAGCAUGUUUGUUUAGUGUAAACCACUAUUAUUUCUUUACAUUCAAUAAUAAUAGGCUGAUCUCUACUGUGUUUAUGAAGUUAUACUUUUUUGUAUUCUAAAGCUUGUACAUAAGCAUAUGUGUUUGUAAAAGAGAUUAGUGUGAAGGAUUGAUGAAUUCAAGUCUUUCAGCUUCAACCAUCAAAAUAAAGUUACACAACUAAACAAUCUAUGCAUGUGCUCAGUAUCUGUAUUGUUAGCCGAUGAAAUAUCAAGAGCCCCUUAAUAUCUUGUUCAUUUUAAAAGAGAAGUCCAAAGUUUCUUAAAGGUUCUUUCCUCACAGUCACAGUGAAUAACUGAAGAAAAAAAACUAAACUAACAACUAUAUUCAAGUACAUUUGUUACUUAGAUAUUUCAAUCUACUAAUAAUUUCAUCAGAGUGGUGAUUUUGUUGGAUGGCCACAGAGGCACUGCCUUCAGGUACUUGUAUUUCUACUAUUCUUUGUCUAUUUAUAUAGUUCCAUACCGAAAGAUUGGGCCUCAAGCAAUGAAUACUACUAUCAUUAUAGCUCAAAUAAGCGUACCCGAUUUUACAAAUUGUAAACCUAAGUCCUAGGUUUUGUUAAUCCAUCUAUAUUGCUUGGAACCUGUGAAGUGAGUCUUAAAUACUUAAAAUUUCAACUCAAAUGCAGUGGGAACAAAAAUUUCUAGCUGUAAUUUAAGUGUAUACCAACUUCCAGGGGUGUUUUAACAAAUAAAACUGGAGCUCAUUUGUAUUCAAAGUAAGAUUGCUAAUUAGUUAAGUAUGAAUAGUGAAGUUGGGCAAUGUUUUCAAAUAGCUAUUUCAGAGCUGAAUAUAUUUUAAUUUUAAGGGAACUUGACACAAUCAAAUGAUAGUAUUGACCGUGCAUGAUGUGUAACAUUUUAUUCUUGCAUACUUUCAUUCAUAGUCAUAGCUCUUUACUUCUGUGACUUUGGUUUGUGCCCCUGUUCAUGGAUCUGGACUUGACUAGAGUUAUCCAAAUUGCCACAUUGUGUGAAACUUGGGCAGGUUUCUUUGUUUAUAUUAUAGUAUAUCUUCAAUUUGAUGUUAUUUGGUCGUGAAACCAUUUUAUAUAUAUCUUUUUGUUCCUUUUAUUAGAUUGAUCCAUAUUGAUGUAAAAACUUAGACUUAAUUUGAGCUGUUUUGUUGUAUGUAUAUAUUGAGUUCACACUAACACAGAGUGCUAUAGAAAUUGUAAGGCUUGUAUUUAAGAAUAUCUGGAAUAUUUGAAUGAAUUCUGGAGCAACUAUAAUUUAUAAUUAUUUCUUUUUGUGUGUCUAUAAAUUAUAAAUAUAAGUCUCACCAGCUGAUGUAUUAGUUCAGAUCCUCAGUGAUAUUAGUUAUCUGUUAAAUGACCCAUGCUAGUCAGGCUUAAAGAAAAAGAAGAAUUUUUGAGUUUCCAUAGACAGUUUAUAUAGGACCUUUGACAUACCCAGUACCUGUAUGUAGAUCUCCUCAUUGGAUUAACAAAAAAAAUGGGAUAUGAUGAGAUUUGGUUUGGUUGAAAGAAAUAACAUUUCCACCACGUACGCAACACUUGACUUCUUUUUAGUAAAAAUAUUUCCUAAUCACUUUCAAUGGUUUACGACUUGUCGCAACAGAUGAAAUUUCCCAGGAGAGUUUACCAUUGGGGAAUCAUUUGUUGUCCAUUUUAAUAAAGACCUUAGCUUUCCACUGAGGGAACUCUUAAGUCUGACUGGAAAGUAAUAUAACUAUAUACCUGCUAAAAUAUUCUGUGUUAAAACAGCCUUUUGUUCCCCAUGUCUACAAGGCCUAUGUUCUUAUCUCUAUUGACAGGGCCAAAGAUCCAAUGAUAAUAUUAUUAUCCAACAUUCAUGACCAACUUGAAUCGUACCGUAGCUUAGUGAGUGAUUGAGAUUUACUCCUUGUGUAACGUUGUUAUAUGUCAGCUGCCCUGAGAUCUGUGUGUUUUAAUGGGGACUAUCUUAGCGACCUGUAUUGUCAAGUCAGUUUAUUGCAAAAUGGUGAAUUGUAUAUUUUAGGCCUGUGAAUAUAUUUUGAAAACAUUUAAAAUUUGUGUGUACAGAAUCAAUGAUGAAUUUAAAACAAUUCUAAUCAGUAACUAUGGUUGUUUAUCUUUAGUAAAUACAGG